CGCAAGUGAUUUGAAAUCAGUAUCGCUAUGACAUUCAGAGCAAUGAAGAGAAAAAAUAUUAUUUGGUUUGUAAUUUGUGUGGAUAUAUUUUAUUUCUGGAGUUCAACACAAGCAACGCUGAUAAAUCUAGAGGAUUCUAUGAAUGAAGAAACAGAGUUGCCAGGAUCAAGAGCAAACCUGAUAGAUGCGUCUAAGUUUGACAUUGAAAAAUUCGUGAAUGGCCUUGGGUAUCACUUCGAAAAACAUACAAUAACCACAGAGGAUGGAUACAACCUAGAAAUGCAUCGUAUUCCUCGUGGAAAAAAUGUUUCGAGUUCAGCACCAGCAAAUUCACCCCCCGUUCUAAUGAUGCAUGGCAUUUUGGGUACUUCUGCGGACUUCUUGAUAUCUGGUCCUGAAAAUUCCUUAGCUUUGCAACUGGCUGACCAGGGGUAUGAUGUAUGGCUGGGCAAUAACAGAGGAAAUACCUAUUCAAGAAGCCAUUAUACAAUGAGUCCCUCCAACAAAUCAUUCUGGAAUUUCAGUUUUCACGAACUUGGUGUUUAUGACGACACCGCAAUGAUCGACUACAUUUACAACAUUUCACAGAAAACUAAUAUAUCCUGCCUUGGAUAUUCUCAAGGAGCAACUCAAUUUUUUGCUAUGCUUUCUGAAAAACCGGAAUAUAAUAAGAAAUUAACUGUCUUAUUCACAAUGGCACCUUUGGUGUUCAUGAAAAAUUCGGAUAAUAACAUUUUCAGAUUGAUGGCUGACCAUUAUGAUACUGUUGAAAAAAUUGAAAAAAAAUUGGAUAUCAGUGAAUUUCUCUCGCAUGAUCCAAUAUUUACGUCAGCCGGAGAUUUAUUCUGCAAAAAAAGUUCGGAUUAUCGAAGAGUUUGUGCAGCUAUUACAUCUAACCUUUUAGGAUUCCAGAAGAAACACGUUAGCGGAUCAAUGUUGGAAAACUUAUGGAAGGUUUUCCCAGGAGGAUCGUCUUUCAAGGAAUUCAAGCAUUAUGCUCAAUUGAUUUCAUCAGGUAAAUUCAGAAAAUACGAUUAUGGAAGUGAUAACACUAAUAUAUACCACAAUGAAACGCCUCCAGAAUAUGAUCUCCAACAAAUAGAGACUCCGGUUGGUGUCUACUGGGCUGAGAAUGAUGGGAUCUUGAAUGUCAUAGAUAAGAAACGUUUCCUACUACAUAUCUACAAAGUGGUCGUUGAUCGCGGUGUUCAUUCAGAAAUAUUCAACCAUGGAGACUUUGUCUUCAAUGGACAGGCUGCCUCUCUUUUGAACUAUUGGGUUAUCAAUGAUUUGAAUGAACAUAACAACAAAAUAGACAUAACAACUACAAGAGAACCAACAAGUAGUAGUUCUAGUAUUUCCAGUACUACAGCCGAGUCAACCACCCACCAUGGUUCCUCUUCACGUUCCUUGUCUCCAUCAUUAUUUAUUUUAGUGAUUACUAUACUUUUCACAAGUACACGUGUUCUCAUGACAAGUUGAUAUUGAAACAAAUCAAUGUUAUGAUAUUAUAAUGAAUAAAAUUAUAAAUUGUU